AUGCGCUUCUCCCUGCUCACCGCCGUCGCGGCCCUUGCCUCCUCGGCCACCGCCAUCCCGCGCGUCAAGCUCUUCAAGGCUUUCCCUACUGCGGGCGGCGUCAACUACACCUGGUCCGUCACCAACUGGGAGGCCGGUCUUACCCGCUCCGGCGGCCACUACGGCUUCAACGUCACCGGCGAGGCCAAGACCACCGGCAACCAGGUCCCUGCCUUCAGCGCCUACUGCAGCGGGUAUGAGCAGCCCCAAGACUACACUCCCUGCACGCUGUACGGCGGACGUCCCGGCCAGGAGGUCGCCGCCAAGCUGCUGCCCGCCAACACCACCACGGACCCCGGGGCGCAUCUCGCCGUGAGCUUCGAGUUCCCCGACGUCAACGAGGUCAAUAUGUGGUGGAACUACACGGCCUACACCACAAAGCCGUACAACCAGGUCUCCGCGCCGCCCAUGAACUUCACCGUUAUCCCCUCCGAGAUCUACGGUGUGGCGUAA